AUCACAACAGCUUAGCAGGGAAGUCGGGUAGCUACUGGGUCUGUUGCAGUUCUGCUGACAUUCACAAAUUGUCUGAUUUUAAAACUAAUUGUUUCUUCAUUUUAGCUGCCGGCUCCUUUGGUGAUGAGUGUCAUUUCAGUCCAGUCUGUGAAAAUGGUGACAGCCAUCGUGUUGCUGAGUGUCUUCUUAGUUUCAGGUGCUUUGGCUGAUUGUCCUGAGGAGUCAGCCCUAUUCAUUAAUACACCAAAGCAGAUGGAAGCACUGAGUGGAUCCUGUCUGCAAAUCCCAUGUAACUUUAGUUUUAACAUAAACGCUCAAGAGACAUUUGACGGUACAAGAACAACCUUCGGAGUGUGGAUUAAAAGUAGCACACGUGUUGCUAAAAAUCAAAAUAAUGUGAUUUUCAACAGUAGCAGGAUGAAUAAUAUCUAUCCAAUGAGUCUUACUGGAGACCUGAGUCAGAAAAACUGCAACACUUUAUUUUCCAGUGUAAACACAAGUUACACAGACUGGUACUACUUCAGAAUUGAGAACAGACCAUUUCUGGCAAUAGCUUCUUGUGAUCCUCUUCAAAUAACAGUCAAAGAUUCUCCUCCGAGGCCCAGCAUUGAGAUCUCAGGUGAUCUGAAGGAGAAUCAGUCUGUCACUAUAACCUGCUCAGCUUUCACUCCCUGUCCACACUUCCCUCCUGAACUCACCUGGACUCUCCAACAAAACCCUCACAACAAAAUAGAGGAAAACACAGAUCGAACCUUCACAACUAAAAUCCAGACAACCUUCACUCUGUCAGACGAACAUGAUGGAUUCAUCAUCACCUGUUCAGCCAGAUAUCCUGUAAAUGAAGGAAAAGACGUCAAGACAGCAGAGGAGAGAACGACGCUCAGUGUUUCAUACUCUCCCAGGGACACCUCGGUGGUCAUCAGUCCAACUGAUCCAGUGUCAGUCGGCAGCGUGGUGAAUCUGACUUGCUCCUGCAGAGGAAACCCUGUUGUCAACUUUGUCUGGUUCAUGACCAGUGAUGGCAGACUGGAAAUUAUCAAAGUUGAUGCACAGGUUUACGGCUUUAUGGUGACCAGCAGUGAUCGAGGCAGAUUGUAUUAUUGUGGAUGCAGAAAUGAUCUGGACAUUCAGCUGUCGACGGGACGUCAGUUGGUAUUUGAAGGUGAUCAACAGUCUGGACUGAUUGGUGUUCAAGUCAUAGUGAAGAUCCUGGGAAUCAUAUUGCUCGUCAGUACGUUGGUCAUCUUUGAGUGGUGGUUUAGAUCAAGAUGCUGCAACAAACCAGUGAAGGACGCAGUAGAAGCAGACUAUGUCAACAGAGUGAUUGAGAUCCAAGCAUCAUGAAGGAGAAGAAGAUGAUGUCAUGUUCACCAUAAAUGGAAUAUUUCUCUAUUUCUUAUUCAGCUAGUUCUUAAAUAUUAAAUGGCUUUACUUUGCAGAAGAUUGGUAAGAUGAACAGAGUGCAAACAGGGCAUUAGAUAACAUGAGUAUAAUAUAUAGCAGCUUCAUCAUUAGUUUGUGUAAGAUUGUGCUGAUUUAUGGCAUUCUUAUGGUAA